AUGAGUGCAAUUCUCCGAUCAAGAUUUCCGGCAGGCGCGGUGGUCGUCGCGAGGAGAACCUUCACAUCAACCGCGACGGCGCAACACAUCAAGCGCGUGACCCUUUUCAAGAUUCCCAAGGAGAAGGAUAUUGAUGCGGUCUUGAAGCAAUACGAGAAAGUCCGCGCGACGUCGGUCAAGCUGGGUUUCUCUGAUCUCGAUAGCAAUGGCGACAAUCAACAUUCCGAGACACAGUUACUAACAUUCUUCGGGUCUACUCAGGACGGCAAGCCAUAUAUCGUCUCCAACGCCGCCACGAGGAUCAUCAACACCGAGUCUCCACGAAGCGAAGGUUUCACGCUCUCAAGUCAAUCCGUUUUCAAGAACCGGGAAGACCACGAUUACUACGAUAAUGAAUGCCCUGCGCAUCAGGAGUUGAAGGCAAUCUUUCCCUGCCAUUCUCACAGUGGACAAGAAAACAAAUGGUUCAAGUCAGGAAUUGACUGCCAAGGUGCGAACACCUGGCGGUGUUAUGACGGUGGUCACCGAGGGAGAGUGGCCGGAGGCGAGAGUAUGAAUAGUGAAUUGAGCAGCCGCCAUGUCGUCGGUGAGCCCGCCCUUCGAUCAUCUUCCAGAGCAGCAAAGCUGUCUCUCGCACAUCUCCACCACCUUCCGCAGCGGAUAGCGCGGCCCAGAGGAACAUGCUUCCACGGUAGCAUUAUUGUCGGCCGGGUGGCUUACUUCUCAACAUCAACGAAUGCAUUGCGACCCUGGUGGAAGCCUCAUGAAGUCUCAAUGGAGGAUCUGAAAGAAGCAGCAAAGACGGCGGAGGUGCCUCCCGCGCCACCUAAUGACCGGGAAGAUGUUACAUUUGAUUUCGAGACCGAUGCAGCUCUCAGGAGCACUCUCGGAUCCAUCGACAAGCAAUACGUACCACAGGGAGAUGUCCCUCGUCGCAUUCAUAUCCUGGGCACGGGCAACAUCGGUCUACUCGUAGCGCAUUCAUUGCGGAGCAUUCCCGAUCCGCCACCGACUUCGUUGAUUUUCCACCGCUAUCGUCUGCUUCAGGCUUGGGAGAAGAGUAAGAAGGUUGUCACAGUGAAGGAUGGGUCAUAUACGGAUUCUCAAAGUGGGUAUGAUGUCGAGCUUAAAAGAGAUAUGCAGCCAGGAGUCCAUGGCAUUAAAGUGGACGAUCCAGUACAGUUCUAUGAUUACGCCGAUCGGCAUGAUCUAAAGCCCCACAAAGCCGCGGAAAUCAUCGCGGAGAGACGAAGGGACAUGAACGAAGGGAAGAAUCCGCUUGGGGACUUUCGUAACGCACCGCACAGUGGUGACUACGCCUUUAGCAAUGAGCCGAUUUACAAUCUCAUCGUUGCCACCAAGACGAACAGAACAAUUUCGGCGCUCGCCUCAGUAAAAUAUCGACUCUCACGGCAGAGUACAAUCUGUUUCCUGCAGAACGGCAUGGGCAUGAUCGAUGACAUCAAUACUGAACUCUUCCCGGACGAGGCAACACGACCCAAUUACAUCCAGGGCAUAGUCUCACACGGCGCGAACAUGCCACCCCUGACAAGGGAGGAGGAUCCCUUUUAUGUUGUCCAUGCUGGACAUGGCACUAUCGCACUUGGCAUGCUUCCCCGAAACAAAGCUACUACCACUGAGAACAGGGCUCAGCCGCCUAAAUCAUCCAAAAAGGGCAAAUUGUUAGCGGGUGGCGAUGAAGAUUGGUCGCCCACCUCUCGCUACUUGCUGCGCACACUCACACGAUGUCCAGCUCUUUGCGCCGUCGGCUUCACGUCGAUCGAACUUCAUCAGCAACAACUGGAGAAGCUCGCAGUGAACUGCAUCAUCAAUCCCCUCACCGUCCUUCUCGAUGGCCGCAACGGCGCCAUCACCUACAACUUCCAACUCACUCGCGUCAUGCGCCUCAUGCUCGCCGAGAUCUCCCUCGUCAUCCGCAGUCUCCCCGAACUCCAGGGCAUCCCCAACGUUCCCACUCGCUUCAGUGCCGAGCGUUUGGAGACACUGGUCGUCGGGAUCGCGAACAGGACCGCGAACAAUAUCAGCUCGAUGUUGGCAGAUGUCCGUGCCGGCCGUCCGACGGAGAUUGACUAUAUCAAUGGGUAUAUCAUCAAGCGCGGAGAGGAAUUGGGGAUUACAUGUUUGGUCAAUUAUGCUAUCAUGCAGACGGUGCUGGGCAAGGCGAUGAUGACUUGGCGCGAAACAUCGGAAUUGGUACCGCUCGCGGACGCGCCACUUAAGCCGCAAUGA